CAACAGCAUUCCGCCUCCAGGAUAAAACCUGGAGUGACCUGCAGGACUGUCUGUACACACUACAGCCUCCCUCACCGACUCUCUCGGCAGUCCCCAAAAGCACAGCCUCCAUUCCCUCAAGAUCACUGUCUGGCUGGGCCUCCACCCCCCCAGCAUGGUGGUUUCCAGAACUUUCCGAGCCCUGGGUGGGGGCUGUCUCGGGAGCCUCAUCCCCCUGCUGCUUCUGGUUUCCACAGCCUCCCUCAAUGGUGCGAAGAUCCCUGUGGCCCCUGACUGUGGGAAGCCCCAGCUGCUAAACCGGAUCGUGGGUGGAGAGGACAGCAUGGAUGCGGAGUGGCCUUGGGUUGUGAGCAUCCGGAAAAAUGGCACCCAUCACUGCGCAGGUUCCCUGCUCACCAAUCGCUGGGUGGUCACUGCCGCCCAUUGUUUCAAGGGUGACCUAGACCAGCUGGAUCUGUUUUCUGUGCUGCUGGGGGCCUGGCGACUAGAGACCCCGGGUCCCCGGUCCCAGCAGGUGGGCAUUGCUUGGGUGCUGCCCCACCCCCAGUACUCUUGGAAGGAAGCAUCCCGUGCUGAUAUCGCACUGGUGAAGCUUGAGCACACCAUUCAGUUCUCUGAGCGAGUCCUGCCUAUCUGCCUGCCUGACUUCUCCGUCCAGCUCCCUCCCAACACCAGCUGCUGGAUUGCAGGCUGGGGGAGCAUCAGUGAUGGAGUGCCUCUUCCCUAUCCACAAACUCUGCAGAAGCUGAAGGUGCCCAUUAUUGACUCAGAGGUCUGCAAGCGCAUGUACUGGCACGGAGCAGGGCAGGAAGCCAUCACAGAAGACAUGUUGUGUGCUGGCUACUUGGAGGGGCAGCGGGACGCCUGUGUGGGUGACUCUGGGGGUCCCCUGAUGUGCAAGGUCAAUGAUGCCUGGCUGCUGGGAGGAAUCAUCAGCUGGGGCGAGGGCUGUGCAGAGCGCAACCGGCCAGGCGUCUACACCAGCCUUCUAGUCCACCGCUCCUGGGUACAGAGGGUCGUGCAAGGUGUGCAGCUCCGUGGGCACAGGUCGCGCAGCCCAGGCUUCCACGUGGCCAGGCCUUCCUAGAGCCUCGGAACUACCAGUUCACCGGCUGCUUCCUCUGUUGUAAAUAUGCCAUCUACCUCUUGGGGGCGCCCGAUGUCCGCGCGGGAUCUGGGAAGGCCACGCCCACACCAAGCUCCGCCCCCAGGCCUCGGGUGCCUGCAGUAUACAGUUAUGUUCAUGAUUUUUACAGUUGUUUUUAACCUAUAUAUUUAUUCCUUCACUUUCAAUAAAUUAUUCUCCAGAA